CUUCCUCGUUCAAGUUGUUGUCUUUCAAGUUGGAACUAUCGUCCUUCUUGGAAGUAGAGGUAUCAUCAUCCGCCAUCAGCUCGUCCACUUGUUUCUUCUGGUGGGGCUGUGGUGGUUGGGGUUGGUUGGUGGUUUCGGGACGCGAAGCUCCAAAGCAUAAAGCCUGAGAUCCUCCCAUGGGACAUUAGGGUUGAGGUUGUCUUUCGGAGACACACAGCUGACACCAUCACGCCAUCACUCUCCGCCAAGCAAUGAAGACCAGGAGACUGCGGCCAGGAUCCAUAACCGACUCUACAAACCCAAAGUACUAGUAAUGCAUUGAUAUGAGGCAGUUCUACUAUGUGUACAGUUGUUCAGGGAAACGUAGGGGACCAGAAAGACGAUGUUCCGGUUGGAUAUCGAAUUUGUUUUUGCUGUGGUUGCUCAUCCUACCAUUGACGGCAAUUGAGGCUUUUGUCCCGGUUCGGCAUCAUGCAUUCACUCCUGUUGCAUCAGCAUUACGAAAUGGCAAGAAUUCCUUCAAUGACUUUUUUGACAAAGGUAACCGUGACGAAGAUGGAAAUAAUAAUGAGAAAGAAAAAGCAGAAAACAGGGAGAGAAUACGAGACAUUCUAGUCAAUGGCGAUGUCGACGAUGCCAUUUUCCCACCAUCCAUCAACACCGUGAUACCCAAAUUCAAAGUGUUGGUCAAGAACAACAACACCAACAAUCAGACCAACAACGGUUUUCAGGAAACCAACAACGGCAACAGCAUUGAUACUGACAAGAAGAAGAAGAAAAAGAAGAAACAUAAUCCCAUUGCCUUUUCGUGUCGGAUUGUCACCUCCUCCGAUGGAAAGAUACCUACCCAACAAUCUGCCUUACCCCCAUCCCUCUACCAACCACCUCAGAUAUUGGCCAAACUAGACGCCAUUUAUCAUGCCACAGUUCAUGAACAAACCAGAUUUAUUAAAUUCAUGGACCAAAAGUCAACGGAUUAUCCGACGACCACGCCACAAGAUGAAGCCAAGGUGAUUUCCAUUCUAAGAAGCUCCCUCGAGGAUGCUGGCUUUGAAUUGUUGACCCGACGAGAUUUGGAUCUCUGUCAAGCACUCAAUGCCGAGUAUCUGUUGCGACUCAGCAUUUUGGAAGACUUGAAGGAGCUCGAUCCAUCCAUUGCUACAGAAUUUUAUCCAGAAGAAGAAGAACUACAAUCUUCAAACACCACCUCUAGAUUCCUCUACAACGGACGAGUCCUCGUCUUUUGGCGUGGAUACGGACAAGAAAUCACACGAGGGCGUCUACUGCUACCCAAAAUCGAUUACCUGCAAGCCAGUAUUGUGCAACGAGCUGCUUCGGGAAUACGAGUCCGUCUCAAUAUCUGGGAAGAAACCAUUGCCACCAAUGCGAGAGAGAAGUACUACAACGUCGAAACAGCCAUUCUUUCGACACUCUCCAAUCUGUUGAUUGGAAUGAACAUUCCACGACUUGCAAAAUGGGCUACACUCCUGACGGACAGUGCCAAAGAGCGACAACGUGAAACGUCCCAACAAAACAAGGAACGCGUGUUCAAGCUGCAACGCUAUGGUGGAUACCGAUCCAGUUUUGCGUCGUCGGUCGAUGCCUUGACGCCCUUUACCAUUUGCGAAGUGGAUUAUGGAGAUCACAACAACAACAACAAAAAUGCGACUCGUCGCGUCAAUCAAACCGAACAUGACCUGUACGAUGUCAUGAACUGUGGACAAUUGACAUGUCAGUAUGAUGAAGAAAUAAGCAUGCAAGAAGAGCAACAGCAACGAUUGCCUCCCAUGCAACUCUUGGAACGUGUCAGUAUCAGCAACUUGAUUGACUUUGCCACCAUGGGGCCAAAGAGUUUGUUGAAAACAAUCGUUGCCAAAAAUGAACUCAUGGAACCAACCUAUCGAGAGGUAAUUGUUGUGUGGCGUCCGCUACCUCCGAAACCAGCAAAGCCGGUCUUUACGCCACCCAAAUUUGCCUAUGACGUGGCCGAUAUGUUUGACUUGAAAGGACUGCCAGAGUUGCCAUGUGCAAAAGAAACACCCAUAGAACAACCUCCCAUGGAAAUUCGGGCGUUCGCCAGCGUCCCCAUGGCCAAUCUACCGGCAGUCUUGCCCAAAACCAAGCUCGUGUUCCGACCGGCAGAUGCAUUCGUCUUUGAUGCCGUAUCCAUUGUGUCCUUGCUUCUUGUCAUUAGUUCGCAACGAUUCGACAAUCCGCGGCUGGAUCUACUCGCUCUGGUAUCAUUCUCCUUGUGGAUCUUUCGCACUGUCAUACGGUAUUCCAAUAAACUGGCCCGCUACGAUCUACUGGUCAAAAAGUUCUUGACAUCCAAAAUCACCCAUCGAAAUUCGGGCGCAGUCAAGUAUGUCACGACAGAGGCCGGAUCCUAUCGUGCCACGAGGGCUGCCCUUGUGUACACUUGGUUGAGGUCUCCCAUGCGAGUUGUCACGUCAAGGGCUUGCAACGACCGAGAUCAAUUGGUCCAGGAUGGCCUAGCGGGGGUGAACGCCUUGAUCAAAGGCGACAAACAGGUCAAGGUGGACAUUGAGGCUGCACUUCGAGAUUUGGAGGAUGUCGAUUUGAUCCACUUCUCUGCAAAUGGACGCAGGCUAGAAUCAGUGGUUCGAGAUUCAUCCAGCGUUGUAGCGGCUCUGGGAGAGAAGUGGGCUGGCAUUUUUGAGGGGGAAACGACAAAGCCAAUUGAGAUCACAUCAUGGGAUGGACCCAGGCCCUAGUUAAGGUUUGAGUUGUGGGAGUAUCGGGAGAAAAGUGGUGCGGCCUAGCGGAAGUGGACCAAAGGUUGAAGGUUCAAUUUGCAUGGACUGGACGGUUUGCUUUGCAUGUAUAUGCAGGCUACAAAGCGCUUCCGAGAUGAAGAGAGGUCACCACAGGAGACCACAUGCUUGCCUGAAGCCCUUUUUUGCAAAGGCUUUCACGACAAAAUUUAGUCAUCUUGACAGGUCAACAGCCAUGGGAAUAAAUAGCUGACAUUCAAGUGACGAUCACAAUAGACUUUCAACUAGAUUAAGGCAUUUAGCGACCGCCGUCUUCGAUAGCUUCCGUGAGCAGUUCCAAGAGCUUAUCAAAGCCAAUGGCGUGCCACAUCUGCUGCCAAUUGUUGUCAACUGGGGGUGCUCCUUCGGGAUACCGUUCUACUCUGUGCAUUUGUUCUGGGCUGGCUCCAUAUGGGUACAUUCCAGCCUUCUCAGCUCUUGCGUGCAUGGCCAUCAACUCAUCGUCGGUCAUGGUUGGACUACGAGACAUAAAGUUGAUGCCUUCAAAGACACGUACCCCACCUGGCAAGCACAACAUAUUAUUGAAGCAAGAGUCUGAGCCCGAUUUGUUCCUUCAACGCUGCUUGAAUAGAAAUUUGAUCUCACGAUGGCUUACCUCUUUCCAGGCACUGGAACUGAAUUGCUUCCUUGUAUGCUCCUGUAUCAGGGUCCUUUUUGAUGUCCACAAUGUAGUUUGGAAACUCUACUCCGAAUCCCUUUUCACGGAGAAUGCCAGGAGGAUCAUUGGGGUCAACACGACCGAAUAGGAAGUAGUGAGCACCGUUUGCCACGGGGCUCUUGUCCCAAGAAAGCGGACCUGUGGCAGGAGCAGGCCCCCGAACUCCAAAAUCAUCGAUCCAAGCCUUUCCGCCUUGCGUGAGCUAGAUUCAAUCCAUCACAAUCGAACAGAUGAUGAGUGUUGUUUUCUACACAUGUAGGUGCCAAACUGGUACAAGAAUGUAUAACCUUUUGUCGCUCUCCCUCGUACCUUGAUGUCAAGAGUUGUAUCGUAGACUUCCUUGAACUGUGUCCAAUCAUGAAACUUGUGUUCGUACCACUUGCCUUCGUAUUUUUGAAUAUCAAAGUUGUCCAUGCUUGGUUGUCUGACCUCUUCAUAUGCCGGACAUCCCUUGACAACUUGGCCUUGAAAACUGUCGUCCAAACCAAGAUUGAAAUCCCCCAAUCCAGCACUACCUGCAAGGCCUGAUCCUACAUAGGCAAUGAAUGCAGUCAGAGCUGCUACAUUCAAGGCAUUUCGAAUCUGAAAAACAAAAGUGAAUGAAAGCAAAGAUGAGAAACUCUAGCCAGGGCGCAAUAAUCAAAAAGAUGACUGAAACUCUUCUUUCAAACAGCCGUGCUUACCUCUUUUGACAAAGUAAAGGCAGCAAUGGCCGCAACAUUUCCCAAGAUGAAGGUAAUGGGAACCAAGUUUCCCACCAUGGGUCCAGGACUAGCAUGCAGGACUUCACUGAUCCAAAAAAUGGGUUGCAAGAUGGCAUGUGCCACGGCGAAGAAAAUCCAAAAGUUGAGGGCAGGCCCGAAAUCGGCUGGAUCAGCCACAUUGGCCUUCAUAUCCGACAGUGAUGAGAAGAAGGAAGCAUAGUCUCCAGCAUGCGAGGCCACAGCAAGGGUACCAAUGGCCGCUGCUGCAAUGACGAGAGAAUUUUCAGGAAUCAGGGGCUUAUUAUUGUCUUGGUCAUCAGGUGUGGGAUCUUCACCAAAACCGGAUGCUUCGCCCUCUACCGCCUCCUCUGUUCCUUCUUUUUCCUUGGUCUCCAGGAAGGCAACUGUAGGGAUGAAUUGUUGUUUGGUUUGAGAUGCAACCAAUGGCUGUGGAACAAAGGCAGCCACGAUUUCGAGGUGGGACAGUGCCAGAAGUGCCAACAAGAGCAGGCUUUUGUGGGUAUUUUGCUUGACCAUCUUGAUGGGCGGAUCAAUUCCAACAAAAGAUUCAAGAACUGAUGAUGGGGACGAAGUUUAGAGGUUGUAUUGAAGCCAAGCCAAGGACACAACUUGACAGCUUUCUGCCCAUUAAUUGCUUGGAUGCAUGUUGCACUUCCCGUGGCCUUUGGAGUUGGUGUCAAGGGAUGUUUGUGGCGCCUGAGGUCAGAAGAAGAUCUGAGAGUACCGGUUCAACCAGCUUUUAAGCCAUCAAAGAUGUAUUUGCGCAGGUAGAAGGUUCGGAACUUCUGCAGUUGCUUCCGACAACGCACACGAAUGACGACAGUGGCAGUUGGUUCCUCCCAAAUU